AUGUCCCGUUUUCAAGACCCGAUGCCCUCCACGAAGCGCAAGGCCGAAAAUGGCGAUGCCUCGGCCUCGAACGCCAAGCGCCGCAAAUGCCCGUACUUGGACACGGUGAACCACCAGCUACUAGACUUCGACUUUGAGAAGGUUUGCUCCAUCAGCUUAUCGGAUCAAAACGUCUACGCCUGUCUCGUAUGCGGCAAAUACUUUCAAGGUCGCGGUCGCAAUACUCACGCCUUCACGCACUCAGUGCAAAGCAGCCAUCACGUGUUUAUUAAUCUGCAAACGGACCGCAUCUACUGUCUUCCGGACAAUUACGAGGUGGUGGACAACACCCUCAAGCCCGUGCAGGACGCACUGCGUCCGAGAUUCGAGGAAACGCAGAUCGCCCAGCUGGACCAGAACCGCAUCUUGGCUCAAGACGCCUUCGGUGUCUCCUACCUGCCUGGCUUCAUCGGCCUGAACAACUUAAAGCACACAGACUACAUCAAUGUGGUUGUACAGGCGCUGGCUCACGUGCCACCGCUAAGGGAUUUCUUUCUGGCUAACAAAAUGGGCAAAGUCAAGUCCAAGCUGGUGUUGCGCUUUGGAGAGCUGCUGCGCAAAAUGUGGAGCCCACACAACUUCAAGAACACGAUUAGUCCACAUGAGCUGGUGCAGGAGAUCUCGGGACUUGGGGGAACGCACAAGCCAGGGAGCAGCAUCAUUCACAAGUGUUUUCAGGGUUUUGUGGAGGUGACGACGGAUGACGAAACGAAAGUUGCGUCAUCGGAUCCAGCAGAACGCGAAUCAGCUGUCUCCACAACAGUGUCUCCAUUUUUGAUGAUGGCGCUGGACCUGCCGUCGACGCCGCUGUUUAAGGAUUCUCAAGGUGGAAACAUCAUCCCUCAGAUCCCGCUGUUUACAGUGCUGGAGAAAUACAAUGGCUCUCAUAUAACACAUGUUCUUCAAGGCUCUCACCGGCUGAAAAAGACGUACCGGAUCGACUCGCUGCCAGCAUUCCUCAUCUUCCACGUCAAGCGGUUCACGCGUAACAACUUCUUCAUCGAGAAGAACCCGACGAUUGUUAACUUUCCUGUCAAGAACCUGGAACUACGAGAUUAUCUCAAACUGGACCAAAGUCUCCCGUCCGAGGAGGAGCUUCGCGAAAAGUCAAUCUCUGAACUGCGAUCUCUUCUACGCAAACACAACCAGUCAACUGAGGAUUGCGUUGAAAAGUCAGACCUAGUCGAAAAGAUCUUGCGAGUCACGCAGCCGUGCACCAAAUUCAACUUGGUGGCCAAUAUCUGUCACGACAGUCCAGUGACUACAGGUCAGGAGGCAGCGCUCCAAACGAAUCCUCUAACGGAAGGCAGCUAUCGUGUCCACGUCCAGAAUAGAGCAACUGAGCAGUGGUAUGAAAUCCAAGAUCUGCAUGUGCAGGAAACAAUGCCACAGCUAAUCGGUGUGUCCGAGUCGUACUUGAUGAUUUACGAGCGGAAGGCAUAA